AUGGCCAAAUACGCAAAAGACCAGCCAUCAGGCUUCGAGAACGCGAUCAAAAGAAUCGCCAUCGUCGGCGCCGGAGGCACAGUCGGCGCCUUCAUAACCGCCGCCCUCUCCAACACCCCCAACCACACCCUCACAGCGCUCACCCGCCCGGGCAGCACCGCCGCCCUCCCCUCUCACAUCAAAACUUUCUCAGUAGACUACACCUCCCCCACGUCCCUCACAACCGCCCUCCAAAACCAGCAACUCCUAAUCAUAACCCUCUCUCCGACCGCCCCACGAGACACACACAGCAAACUGGUUCAAGCGGCCGCUCGCGCCGGCGUGAAAUACAUAAUCCCGAACGGCUACGGGCCGGAUAUCGAGAACACGAAACACGGGGAGGACAUCCUCCUCGGCGCUGUGGCGCGGGCGCAGAGGGAGGAGGUGGAGAGGUUGGGCAUGCAGUGGGUGGAGGUGUGUUGUGGGUUUUUCUACGAUUAUAGUCUCGCGGGAGGGGAGGCGAGGUUUGGGUUCGACUUUGAGAAACGCUCGCUGACUGUGUAUGAUGAUGGAAAUACGAAGAUCUCCACGUCGACGCUGUCGCAAGUCGGACGCGCGGUGGCGAAGAUGUUGAGUUUGAAGAUUUUGCCGAAGGAUGAGGAUGAUGGGAGUUUGACGCUUUCGAGAUUUCUGAACAACGGGGUCUUCUUCAACAGCUUCGUCGUCAGUCAGAACGAUAUGUUCAGGAGCGUGAAACGGGUCACUGGAACGACUGACGCCGACUGGACGAUCACCUACGAAGACACGCGAACCCGCUACGAGCAAGGCCUCGCGCUAGUGAAGCAGGGCAAUAUGUCUGGAUUCGGGAAGUUGCUCUACUCGAGGUCCUUCUUCCCUGAUGAUCCGAGCGAUAUGUCGGCCAAGUCGCAGAAUGAAUUGCUGGGUUUGCCAAAGGAGGACUUAGAUGAGGCGACCAGGGGUGGUAUUGAAAUGGUCAAGGCUUUAAAUGCUCGUCCGGAGCGGAUGGCGUCGUAG